AUGUCUUCUACAAAUCAGAAUCCACAUGACCCUGAGCAGCAACUGCUGCCAUCACACAAGUACAUAGAAGCAGAUGCGGGGGAUGGAACUCGUGCGCAUGAACAAUAUUUGUCGGGGAUAAGUUUGGCUCUUACGUUAGCAUCAUGCAUUACAUCGCUAUUCUUGGUCGCAUUGGACCAAACUAUUGUUUCUACAGUGUUAACUACCGUUGGGGAUCAAUUCAACGGGUUUGAUAAGGUGGGGUGGUUGACUGCCGGGUUUAUGUUACCCAUGGCAUGUCUUGCACCCAGCUAUGGGAAAAUUUCAAUUGCAUUUGGGAGGAAAUGGACUUUAUUUGUUGGUAUUAUAAUAUUUGAAACUGGGUCGUUGAUUUGUGCGUUAUCUAAAUCAAUGCCUAUGUUGAUUGGUGGGAGAGUUAUCCAGGGUGUAGGUGGUGGUGCUAUCCAGGCCACGGUCAUGGUGAUUUUGACAGAGUGUGUACCUAUAUCAAGAAGACCCCUUGUGUUUGCUUCAAUUUCAAUUGUCUAUUCUACAUCAAGUGUAUUGGGUCCUCUUAUUGGAGGUGCCUUGACCAAGGUUUCAUGGAGGUGGUGUUUCUUUAUAAAUUUGCCUAUUGGGGGUGUUGCUCUUGCCGUGUUGACGUUUGGGUUUAAACCUCCAAAGACUGUGGGAAGCAUGCGGGAAAAGUUGGCCAAGAUUGACUAUGUGGGUACAUUUCUCCUUGCCUCCGGAUUGGUAUUAGUUUUACUUGCAUUGACAUUUGGGGGGAUUGAAUAUCCCUGGAGAUCAGCGGCAAUCAUUGUGUUAUUCACAUUAGGGGGCCUUGUGAUUAUCACCUUUUUCAUUUGGAAUUUCAAUUAUUCAAAGAAUCCAAUCAUAUUAAAGGACUUCCUUUACAUAAAUCGCGUGCUUGCAGCAAACCUCAGUUCCAUGUUUAACUUUGCCUUCUUUAUUGCCAACUUGACAUAUUUGGCCCUUUAUUUCCAAGUCAUAUUCAAUGCAAGCGCACUUCAAUCGGGGAUAUAUUUAUUACCCAUGGUGAUAUCCGUGUGUGUGUCAUCGUUUUGUAAUAGCAUGUUCAUCAGUAUUACAAAGCUUAUUAAGCCAACAAUGGUUCUUUCCGGGUUGUUGUCACCGGUAGGAACGGGUCUUUUCUUGCUCCUUGGUAAAAGCUCAUCCUUGGGUUUAAGAAUAGGUAUCCUUAUUGUCUGUGGUAUUUCCAUUGGGUUACAAUUUCAAUCUUCGUUACUUUCAGCACAAUUAGUGUCCCCAAAAUCGAUCCCUGGUGCCCUUAUUCUUGUUACAGUUUUCCAAAAUUUCUUGAAGAACUUGGGAGCAACCGUGGCUGUUAAUAUUGCCCAACUUUUAUUUCAAACUACCGGAACAGACUAUAUCAAUAAUUUGACUGAGUCAUUACCACGGGAUUCUAUGGAUCAUCAAGUAUUGAUGAAGUUCACGGCAAAGGAAUUGAUUGCAAAUCCAAGAUUAAUUCAAUAUUUACCUGAUCUGACCAGGGAGUUGUUAUUAGAUCAGUAUAUGAAAGCAUUUAAAAAUGUGUUUUAUUGGGGAUUGGCCUUAGGUUCUGUUUGUUUCGUAUGCAGUUUAUUCACAACUAACAAGAGAUUACCUAAUUUGAAAGAUAUUGAUAGAGGAGACCAGACACCAGAUGAGGAUGAUGAUGAGAAAGAAAAUGAAAGUGGGGGUUCACGAACAGGUUCGGAAACUUCUAGUGGUACUGUGAGUCCACUUUAA